AUGUUGGAGACAGCUAAAUUAGCGACCUGGGACAUUGUGGUUAUUGUUUUCUACUUCGUCUUCGUCCUGGCGGUUGGACUAUGGGCGACAGUAAAAUCUAUGAGAGGUACCAUGCAAGGGUAUUUCUUGGCGGGUCGAGCCAUGCUGUGGUGGCCUGUAGGGGCUUCCCUAUUUGCCAGUAAUAUUGGUAGUGAGCAUUUCAUUGGACUUGCUGGAACGGGGGCCGCCUCUGGAGUGGCUGUUGGUGCUUAUGAAUUCAAUGCAAUGUUUUUGCUGUUGAUGCUAGGAUGGGUGUUUUUACCAGUCUACAUGGCAUCUGGAGUGAAUAUGUACGCAGGUGCUUUAUUCAUCAACUUAGCACUUGGAUGGAACAUGUAUCUUGCCAUCGUUACCCUCUUACUGAUCACUGCCGUUUACACAGUGUUAGGUGGGUUGACGGCUGUAAUUUAUACCGAUGCUGCACAGACACUGAUAAUGCUGGUUGGUGCUUUUGUUUUAAUGGUUCUCGCCUUCAUUGAGGUACCCUAUAAAGAAUUGCAAGUAGCGUAUUUUGAUGCCAUACCUAACAGCACGUUAUAUGGCAACACAACAUGUGGCGUUCCCAACAGUGAUGCUUUUCAUAUUUUCCGGGAUCCUGUAACAUCGGAUCUUCCCUGGCCUGGUAUGAUAUUUGGUAUAUCUAUAUCCUCACUGUGGUAUUGGUGCACUGACCAGUCGGUAAGUUUACCCAUCAUGCAUUUGGUUUUUGGAUGUACAAACAUCGCCUAUCCAUCGCUAGUUUUAGAUAUAAUGCCAGUUGGCCUCCGGGGAUUAAUGCUGGCUGUAAUGAUGAGCGCCCUCAUGAGUUCAUUGACAUCUAUUUUCAACAGUAGUAGUACUAUUUUCACUGUGGAUAUUUACAAGAGAAUUCGUAAGAAGGCAUCUGAGAGAGAGUUGCUAAUUGUAGGAAGAUUAUUUGUCAUCUUCAUGGUAGUUGUAAGCAUUCUCUGGAUGCCAAUUAUCCAAGCUGCACAGGGUGGUCGUCUAUUUGAUUAUAUUCAAUCUAUCACCAGUUAUCUUGCACCUCCAAUCUGUGCUAUUUAUGUGUUGGCUGUGGCUUGGUGGAGGAUCAAUGAAAAGGGUGCAUUCUGGGGCUUGAUGAUUGGCUUAGCUAUAGGAAUGACUCGCCUUGUAUUGGACUUUGUGUACCCGGGACCUGCUUGUGGAGAGGAAGACACACGUCCAUCAAUAGUUGGAGACGUCCAUUUCUUAUAUUUUGGAAUUAUAUUAUUUGUAAUUGUAUUAAUAUGUACAACUGUUAUCAGUCUUCUAACAAAACCAAUAGAUAGGAAUCGUCUUCACCGCUUGACAUUUGACACUCGUUUUAGCCGAGCGGAACGUGAUGAUCAGUCACUCUCAGAGUUUGCAGUUGAGGAAAAAGAUAAUAACACAAUGGAAAUUGAAGAACCCGAAAGUAAACGAACUGCAUCUGAUAUGUGCUGGGAUCUAAUGUGUGGAACGACACAGAAACAGACUGCAGAGGAAAGGAAGGAGCAAGAGAAAAGAAAUACCGAUAUUAGAGAGACAAAACGAAACAAAAUUAUUGUGAAUGUUAAUGCAAUAUUACUUAUGGCUGUCAGUAUAUUUCUAUGGGGAUUUUAUUACUAG